UGGAAGCCAUAUGGUAUAUAGCUUUUGAUCCGUCUAAAAAGAAGAAGCUCGAAAAUUAUCCAAAAAUAUUUGUAUGUGCUGGCGUCCGUUCGUGUUUUAUAUUGUUUACUGACUUGAUAAGGCGAUGAUACCCCGAGCAAUGGAUAAAUAAUGCGGAAGCCAUUUUAGGAGUCUGAGACAACGGCGAAGAAAGGAGAAAGAAAGGCCGACCGCAGCGAUAAUACCCAAUGACCCAAAACAAAUUAGCAUAAUCAAGGCGCCCAAUGCCCAAUGCCCAAUGGCUGACCAUUGAGAGAUACAUCUAUAGAGAAAAUACACGCACUUUUGUGCCGCGAUCAUUAACGCGAUCAAAUGCAAAUGAGGCGACAUCAGUCAAGCGGCCGAAAGCGAAAUGUGCAUCAUCAGCUCGAUAAGUUUGGACUAGCAGCUUGGAUUGCAUAAUAGAGCCAACAUCAAACAACAAACCACAAACGACCUCAUUUCGGAAAUCGCAAAACACGCUGAACACGCCGAAGAUAGAGCCAAAGUUUUGCAUUAAGUAUACGCAACGUGGGCCGCUACAAUGGAUCUAAUGGAGCUGCUGCAUCAGCUGUUCCUUCACAUACUCGACAUAUUCAAGAUCUACGUCAAGUUUGCACUGAUCACGCUGGUCAUCUACUUCCUGGCCGAGUGGUACAUACUGCGAUAUGGAGCAGAAUUGGAGGCCGAACUGGACGCCCAUUUGGUGGAAGGUGCCGAACUGAGAGAGGAAUCCCCCGAGCGACCCGAAUCGAAUAGCACGCUAAGCAAGGUGUUUCGCUUUGUGGUAAACUUUUUCAUCCUCUAAGCGACUGGAAGUCGACUUGAACCCACUUGUCAAGGUCAAUCGCACAGCUGAAUCGCUGGCUUUUUCGCGGAAUUGCAAUUCAAUUCAGGCAGCCACAGCUCAAGGCUCCCGUCAAGAGAAUGUAAAAAUCGAACCAGUUGCAUUUAACAACAGAAAAUACAAAACAAAACUAAGGAAAAAAAAAAAUAAAAGCAAAAGCUGCAGGGUAAACACAAUCUUUAUAUGUAAUAAACAAUAACAAUAAGGAGCUGUAAAAAAACAA